ACUCUCGCAGUCUAUUUUGAAGGCAGGCGAUUGGAGCACAGCGCGGGGGUGAGGACGCCCGCCGUCAGCAUACACGCUGCCCUACUCAACCAUUAACUUGUCAUUUCAAGACAUAUCAGGCUUUUUUUGAGCGCAAAAUCGAGGUGAAUAUCCAGGACGCUCUUGCUCGCCGAGUUGAGGACGAUUUUUAAUUCUUAAAGAAGCGUGUCCGAGUCCGAGACGGGAAGACAUGGCCACGACUACAUGUACGCGCUUCACGGACGAAUAUCAGCUGUACGAGGAGCUGGGCAAGGGAGCGUUUUCAGUGGUGCGACGAUGUGUGAAGUUGAGCACGGGCCAAGAAUAUGCCGCCAAAAUCAUCAACACCAAAAAACUCUCCGCGAGAGACCAUCAGAAGCUCGAACGAGAAGCUCGAAUCUGUCGUCUGCUGAAACACCCCAAUAUUGUUCGUCUGCAUGACAGUAUAUCAGAGGAGGGCUUCCACUACCUACUGUUUGAUUUGGUGACUGGAGGUGAACUGUUUGAAGACAUUGUUGCCAGAGAGUACUACAGCGAAGCGGAUGCCAGUCACUGCAUCCAGCAGAUCCUGGAGGCGGUGCUUCACUGCCAUCAAAUGGGCGUGGUGCACCGAGACCUGAAGCCAGAGAAUCUGCUCUUGGCCAGUAAGUGCAAGAACGCUGCUGUGAAACUGGCUGACUUUGGACUGGCCAUUGAGGUGCAGGGAGACCAGCAGGCAUGGUUUGGAUUUGCAGGGACACCAGGUUACCUGUCCCCCGAGGUGUUGAGGAAGGAAGCAUAUGGCAAACCGGUGGACAUCUGGGCUUGCGGUGUGAUUCUGUACAUUCUGCUGGUUGGAUAUCCACCUUUCUGGGACGAGGAUCAGCACAAACUUUACCAACAGAUCAAAGCGGGAGCUUAUGAUUUUCCAUCUCCAGAAUGGGACACAGUUACUCCUGAAGCCAAAAAUCUCAUCAAUCAAAUGCUAACCAUAAACCCUGCCAAGAGAAUCACUGCACAGGAAGCUCUCAAACACCCAUGGGUCUGCCAACGCUCUACUGUGGCUUCCAUGAUGCACAGACAAGAGACUGUGGAAUGCCUGAAGAAGUUCAACGCCAGGAGGAAACUCAAGGGGGCCAUCCUCACCACCAUGCUUGUGUCACGGAAUUUCUCUGUGGGUAGCAGGCAGACCACGGCUCCCGCCUCGGUCACUGCGGCUGCGGCUGCAGUAGCCGCGGCUGCAGGCACCACAGCAGGGCUGGUGGAACAAGCAGCCAAGAGCUUGUUGAACAAAAAAGCAGACGUUAAGAAGCGGAAGUCCAGCUCUACCAUUCAGUACAUGCCCCAGACAAACAGCACCAAAAACAGCAUAGUCACCAGUCCCAAGGGAAACCUCCCCUCUCCUGCACUGGAGGCACAGACCACUGUCAUCCAUAAUGCAGUGGAUGGGAUUAAGGAGUCGUCGGACAGCAGUAAUGCCACCGUGGAGGACGAGGAAAUGAAAGGAAAGCUUGUAGAUAACAGUUCAGUUCAGUCAAACCCCAGCACCCAGCCUGACUCCGCCCACACACCUCCAGGCCCCUCCCCCGCUCUCUUCACUGCCACUAAGUUCACUGAUCUAUUGGGUGUGGUACGUCGGGGCUCGGUGCCCACAUCUGAUGGUGAGGGGGGAAGCACUAUCACUCCAGCUGUUGUUUCUUCCCCCUCCACUCCCCAGACCCCCAGCAUUCCCACACAGAUGUCACGUUUGACUGAUCUAGUGAGCAGUGUGCGCAGACCUACGGCCCCUCAUACAGACAGUGAGCCAUCAGCAGCCAGCAGACCCCUUACUGCCCCAGUAUCUGCCCCAUCACACCCCUCCCCUUCCCCUGCCCAACCGUCCUCCAGCCCCCUGCCGUCAGCACAUUCACGCAAACAGGAGAUCAUCAAAAUCACUGAGCAGCUUAUUGAGGCCAUCAACAAUGGCGACUUUGAAGCCUAUGCUAAAAUCUGCGACCCUGGACUCACCUGCUUUGAACCUGAGGCCUUGGGAAACCUGGUGGAGGGGAUGGACUUCCACAGAUUUUACUUUGAGAAUUUGCUAUCUAAGAACAGUAAGCCCAUCCACACCACCAUCCUCAACCCUCACGUGCACCUGAUUGGAGAGGAGGCUGCCUGCAUCGCCUACAUCCGCCUCACGCAAUAUGUGGAUGGGCAGGGCCGGCCAAGCAGCAGCCAAUCAGAAGAGACAAGAGUGUGGCAUCGUCGGGACUCCAAAUGGCAGAAUGUCCAUUUCCACUGUUCGGGAGCUCCAGCCGCCCCUCUACAGUGAAGGUUGAGCUCAUUGUAGCCACAUCUAACAAGAGUACCCAGCCAGAAAUGGAGAGUGCAAGAGUGAAAGAGAGAGAGUGAGGGAGGGGGGAAGUUGGAGAGAGAGGGAGGAAGGAAAGCGAGCCCAGUGAUGGGUGGCUGUGAGUCUGCAGCACCUGACCCUCCCACACUGGGCCCGGCCCCCUCGCCUGUCAAUCACCUCACCUGCCAAUCACUUUUGUGCAUCGUCUUUUGUCUUACCUUCAACUUUACCCUCUCCCUCCCUCCCUCCCUCCCUCCCAGACACCGUCCCUGUAUCUUUACACCCGUACAGAGACUCCCUUUGUUGUGCACAUGUGCUGUGUGGAGUUGGACAGUCUUUGAUUAGUACGGAUAAUAAGGCUUCAGCGAGUCGUCUGUGAAAUGCCAUGCUUUCCGUCACACCUUCCCAGUGUGAAUAUUGUUACACUGAUUCGCCGUCCUCACUUACAGUGUGUAGAUUUUCAAUAUUAUUGUUGUUAUUAUUAUUAUUAUUAUUAUUAUUAUUAAUAUUGUUCUUACUGUUGUUAUUAGUAUUAAAUACAAAGGCAGUUGUACGUGUCACUUACACAAUUCACGUUCUGGAUGCCAAUGAUUUUUAAUUUAUGCCUUUUCUUUUCUGAACAUUUUUGGAGAGCAUGAAUUUUUCUGUAUAUCCAAAGCGGCCUGGGUGAUAUGGAGAAAUAAUGGCCGCCGUUUAUGUACAGGCUUCUCAAUGUGAUUCACAUCCAACCGAUGCAUCUGUUAGUGGACAUAUGUUGGUAUGUGUGACUGUUUUGGGGCAGAUUCUACCAGAGCCUGAUCAAGAACGACGUGACGUUCGGGGUCUUCCAGCUUUAAUUGUUAUUUCUGGCGUCAUUAGCGCAGAUUUGGAAUAACUCAGCAGAUUUCCUGUCAGUUGGUGAACUUUGCAUUGGAUGAACAACUCCUUGUUCUGGAAAGCCAAAAUCGUGCUUUAUAUGUAACCUGUGACACCAGUUAGUAUUCGAUAUUAGUGUUGCGCUUUUUUGGAUUUUUUUCAGCUGAGCCAGCGGUGUUAGGAAAGCGCCCAUACAGUUGGACUGACUGAAUCAAACUAAAAGCCAUACCUCAGCUGAACAUACAGUAGGCGUACCAGAUGACCUCCUCAUUCAAAACAGCUAUUGUAUCUCUACACUAGUCAUAGUGGAGCUUUAAAAUCAUCGGAGGCCGUUAAAGAGCAGCUGAUUGGAGGAACUUGCGAAAUUUGUUUAAAGAUGAAGAUUUGGUGGUUUUUAACUGAAAGAGUUAAAAAAAAAUUAUCUUUUGCGUUUUUUCUUUGCUCUUAUAUUUUCGCUACAUAUGGUGUUGACAUCACUAUUACUCAUUCUAUUUUUGAGAGUUUAUAUAUAUUUUGUUUGUUGUCUGUGUGUGAGACUUUUAAGGAGAGUGAAAAAUUUGUUACCCAGGAUUACCCUUUUUAAAGUGUGUUUACCCUUUUGAUGGCCGAAGUGCAGGGUGUGUGAAAACUUUCGAAGAAUGAAGAGGUUUAAAAUCGGCAGCAAUAGUUUUAUAUUUCAGAAGAUGGUGAGAUGUAAUUUAUGAAGUAUACGUCACACCUCAUGCAACUUUAUGCUGGUUUCGUUCUACUUUUGAAGGGUUGGUAAAUGUGGUGAACUGUGUGGUGAUCAGUGUGACAUCAUCACCCGGUCAUGUGACUUAUUUUAUUGACCUUAUAUAUUAAUUGUGUCCUCAGGUUGUGUUAAUUUAUUUGAUUAUAUUAUCGCAAGUUCUUACGUGCUUCUUAAGUUGGUGUGCGUUGCACACUUUGAUGUUUGAACACUAGCUUUGAGCCGCGUCAUAUCGAUGAUGACUACUGAUCUUUUGUUGUUAUUAUUUGAAAGAAAUCGUCCGAAGCGCCUCUCAUAAAGAUAAAAAGAGGCAAUCUUUUAAAAUCCAAUCAAAAUAUUUCUCUCAAACAAAGCGACCCCGCAAGGCACGUGUUUGUGUGUUUGUGCUCCGGUGUUCUGCUUCUGUUACAGUUGCGUCUCAUUCUUGGAUGCUUUAUCUCAUUCAAAACUUCACCUGUGUUUAUAUGAGUCAUCAGAGUUCCACACCUGUCCGCUCCCUAAUAAUAAAAAAAAAAGACAAAAAUCACAAAAAAACAAAACAGCAUGUAAAAAGUGUACUGUUCUCUGUGUGUUUAGAAACGAAAAUAAACAUGUUAACGAGUGAAAGUGCACAUCACUAUUAAAACAGGACACACAGUAUUGAAACUGCAGUUUACUUGCAUUUCAGCUGGAAUUUCUUUGCAUGACAGUCACUUGAACACUAGGUUUGGUGUUGUUUAUCUUUUUGAUUUCAUAUUUUCUAUUGAAUGCUGGUUUACCUAAACCUUUCUCUUAUCUGUUUUACCAGCUUUAUUAAGUGCAAAAUAUAUUAUAAUAUUUUUGUCCCAAAAUGAUGCUGACAUUGGCAGUGUAAAUGACGAAGACUAUAGCUACGAAAUGUCGAUGAUAUUAAGAUUAUGGAAAUGGUGAUAUUUCUACGGCAUGCUUUUGUAUUAAGCUCAUUGUUGUCAAUGCAGGGUGACUGAUAUUUAUAUUAACGACUAUAAGAUUACUCAUUAGUAUGAGACUGCUUGACUUCAGAGAAGCACUUGCAAUAUUAGCUAAAUAUGCAUGGGUUUUUCAAAAUCAUUUUUAGCUAAAUUUGUAUCGGCAGUGACACAGUUCUGCUGUUUGUGCUUUGCGGAUUUUCACCAAACCUGAAUGGCCAAUAACACCAUGGAUGGUUUCUGACUUUUAUCGGUCUUUUAUGACUAACUUAACAAUUACAGCUCAGUACAUCCAGAGUAUUUCUACCUGCACCGUCUUUUAGCACAGGACUGUUUCCGUUUCACUCGUCAUAUUGUUUCUCUGAUUGGAAACAGUACCGGAUAGUUUCUCUGAAGUUGAGUUUUCUCACAGUAGCCCUCUGUUUUGUUUUUCUGUAUAAGAUAAUAUUCUCUUGAUUUCUGAUGAUUCUUACUCUUGUUAUUGCUCUGUUCUCAAACAUGCUCUGUGUAUUCCCUGACUUAAGCAAAUGUGUUCAAAAGAUAUAAAUAAACGAGAUGAUUUAAAUACUGAAGAA